CGACCAGUGUGCUGCUCUUUCUAACUGGAGGUAACCAGUCACCAUCAACAGUCCUAUACGUUCAAGAAGAUUCACCGACUUCAAUCACCUGUAAAAGUAUUGGGUCAUUCCCAGCAACAGAGCUAUUGUUUGCGUUAGUUGGUGACUCUUACAGGACUCGGAUCCAUGCAAAUUCCUCAAGCAAUAUGAGUGUUUUAGACGACAUUUUGUUUGACACUGAAAUUACCAUAGCCAUAAGACCAGAUGCCGCGAACCAUGGAAUGAACAUUGUAUGUUCUUCGUAUAUGGAAGACGCCUUCUUUUUAAAAAUACUGACAGCUAGACUAGUUGUUUACGGGUUACCGGUCGAUGUCAGAAUAUCUUUCCCAGGUGACAUGUUUGAAGGUGCAGAGACCAACAUAACCUGUAGAGCUCUUAAUGGAUACCCAGCUCCUCUCAUCCACUGGUACAUUGGAUCAAGAAACCUGACAGAUAAUUCAUCACUGGAGACGUCAUUGAAUGCAGCUGAUCGAUAUGAUGCUGAAAGCACUCUCACUUUCAUACCGACGAGGUUUGAUCAUAGGAAACGUCUUCUCUGUCAGGCAGUUCAACCUAAUACAACAUCUACUGCGGUGUCCAAGAAUAACAGCACGGUUCUGAACAUAUCAAGUCAGCACAGAGGGGCGAUGUCAGUAAUGAAACAAUAAAUCUGGUGGACUAUUCAGAGAUUGCAAUAAUUACAAAACGGGUAAAUGAAAUAAUAAUCGUAACGAUACAACAGUUGAAAUGAACAAUGCUUCAUAGCUAUUUUAUACACGCUUUAUCAUGACCAUACGCAUAUUUUGUUCAAAGAAGGUUGGCAGUGAGCGAGCAAAGCGGCCAAGCUUCUCACGGGACAUGUUUUAAAUUUCGCGCACACUUUUGGUAAAUGUUGUGAAAAUUGAGUCAGUAAAAACCUGUCAUUAGUGUAAUUUGUCUAUGUGAUGUGAUAUCAAGUUAUUUUUUUUUCUCACAUUCCUGGAUUGAAAAAGUUGCCAAAAAUAAAAACAAAAUAAUAUUAAAAUCAAACCUGUUUCAUCAUUAAUUGAUAAAAUACUAUAGUGCACGAGGACAGGUUCAUACCCCCCCCAAAAAAAAAAUAUUAAGAUUCUAAAAAUAUUCAACGUCCUACCCAUAACCAAUUUAUUAAAAUGUUGACAAAUAACAAAAUCUCAAGAUACUAAAAAGAUUGGAAGUACAGUAUGGGACAUGUAUAUUG